UUACAGGGUGGGGAAAAAGCCUCAGUAAUUUAUCUUCUACUACUUGAACCAUUUUCAAACCCCCACUAGCAGAUGGAAUGGGAACAGUGGUGGUUUCGAGUCGCUGAUGGUACCUGGGAGUGAUGAGCGCAACACGCACCACGUUCACCCUGUACCCUGUCAAACUGUUGCUGCUUUGUGCUGUACUUGGCAUCCAAACUGCUCAUUGCUUUCGCUCUCGUGUUGUUGAGCACAGUGGUGAAGAGUCCCUUAACCUCAGUGGCACCAAUGAGAGCGUGGCCAACAGCAGGCACGUCCGAUCCGUGAGUGACCUGCCACAGCCCCGCGACUGCAUGCUCUCCGCCUGGUCCUCAUGGAGCAAGUGUGAUCCCUGCCAGAAGAAAAGGUACAGAUUUGCCCGCCUGGAACAACCCUCUCAGUUCAAUGGAGAUCCCUGUGAUCACUCUGACAGAGAAACCGAAGACUGUGUUACAAAUAGUCCUUGCAGGAAUAAAGUUAGAUGUGAUGGGUUUGUGUGCUCAGUCACAGGGAGAUGCAUUACACGGAGGCUACUCUGCAAUGGGGACGAUGACUGUGGGGACCAGUCAGAUGAAAAAAACUGCAAAAAGGUGUUUAAAAAGUGUGACCAGAAGAUGGAACAAUACUGGGGAAUAGAGAAUCUGGCAAAAGGGUUAAAUAUUUUCACAAACAACUUGGAAGGAUUAGUUCUUGAUCACAGGUACUAUGCUGGGGGAUGUUCUUCCCAUUAUAUCAUGGACACAAGAUUCAGAAAGCCAUACAAUGUAGAAAGCUAUACACCAGAGACCAAAGGCAAAUAUGAAUUUACAAUGACUGAAUAUGACUCCUACUCAAAUUAUGAAAGCAAUGUCCUGAAGGCAAAGGCUUCACAGUCAAGCUUCAGCUUUGGUAUAAAAAUACCAGGACUGUUUGAGCUCGGUUACAGUUCAAACGACAACAGGUUCAAGAAGUUCAUUCAGAGGAUGAAAAGAUUUUCUUCAACUUCCAGCAAAUUCAUCCAUGCCCGUUCUGAGCUGGCUGUUGCUGUUUAUAAGCUGAAGCCCCGAGCCCUGAUGCUGCACUACGAGUUCCUGCAGAGGCUUCACCAGCUCCCGACAGAGUACAGCUACGGGGAGUACAGGGAGCUCUACAGGGACUACGGGACCCACUACAUCACUGAGGCCACUGUCGGUGGCAUCUACGAAUAUACUUUAGUCAUGAACAGCGACGAGCUCCAGAAGGCAGGUUAUUCUCUGAGCGAUGUCCAAAAAUGCACCCAGAAUGGCUUUAACAUUGGUGCAAAUAUUGAUGAGGUCUAUGUGAGGCUUGGAAUAAAUGCGGCUGGCUGUAAAUCCAUUUUUAAAGAGAUUGGAGACAGCACCUCCAAAAAAAAGUAUGUGGAAGAUUUCAUUGCCCUGGUUCGUGGCGGAGCAAGUGAACACAUCACCACGUUGGCCUACAAAAACCUGCCAACAGCUGCACUCAUGCAGGAGUGGGGAGAUGCUGUACAGUACAACCCUGAAAUCAUAAAGCUAAAGGCAGAGCCGCUGUAUCAGCUGGUGACUCCAAAUGACUUUGCCAGUGCAAUCACAAUAAAAGAGAAUCUGCGACGGGCUCUGGAUGAGUUUCAGCUGGAGACCAGUUCCUGUCGCUGUGCUCCGUGCCGGGGCAAUGGCACCCCCUUCCUGCGAGGAACAGAAUGUGAAUGCUUAUGUCUCCUUGGCUACAGCGGCGUCGCUUGUGAGAUCAGCAAGAGAAAAGAUGCUGCUAUUAGUGGAAACUGGGGCUGCUGGGCCAGCUGGUCUCCAUGUUCAGGAGGUCAAAGAACAAGAAGACGACAGUGCAACAACCCUGCCCCACAGAAUGGUGGUUCAUCGUGCUCAGGGUCAGACUUGGAGACAGUUAAUUGCUAGAGGGAAUCAUUAGGAACUUACAAAAAAAGUGAUGGGCGUUUGGAAAACUGGUUGGGAAGAUGUCACCUGACUGGCUUUCUGAGUUGGCCUCUCUCUGCUCAUGGGUCUCAUCCAAGUGUAUACUGAAGUCAGAAACAUUUUAAGACACUGGGAGCUGAGAGUGUGUUAUGAAUCACACCUUUGGACAUGCCUUGCAAUUGUCCUGUGGGAUUGAAUGUGCUUACUGACCUUAAUAUUUUGCUUUUUUCCUGUCUUUAUUGCAAUGGGCUAACUGAGACAAGCUUUAUCUCCUGCUGUAAUUGGAAGCUGCAUGAUUUAAAAUUGUACUGUCUUGUUUUCGAAGGUUCCUUUGAGAUAAGAAAAGACUGUUUGAUCUGAGGCGCGGCAGAAUGUGCGCUAAUAUGCAGCUUCUGUGAAGACAGCUGUGUCAUGUGGAGCAAAAUACAGCAUGUUAAAGUCCAAAUCUCAAUGAGCACAACAGUAUCUAAUGUGACAUUUAAAGCCUCUGUGCCUCACUACCCCAGUUGCCCAAUUUAUUGUAUUUAACUUAAAUUGUCUGUCGUAUGAGAAAUCAUCUUUAAGGAGUGGAAACCAAAUGGUGACACCAAAGCCUUGUGAGACUAUACAGUAGUUUUUCUCCUACCACAGUAGGAGAUGAGCCUCCUCCUGUCCUUUCUGAGGUAGAAGAGAUACACCAAAUAUCAGAUGUACCCUGGUAUGCUCAGAUACAUCAAUGCUCUGGUUCCUUGGGAAGGGGAGGGAAGGACAGCGGGAUGCAGCUGGGAUGGAUGAGGAACUGAAAAGCAGCUGCUGCUGCUUCUGCUGCUUGGGGAUAUUGGAGAGCAGGAGAGAUGGCUACACUUGAUGGAGAGGCUGUACCUUGACUAGGGAUGUCACUCCAGGAUGCCAGGACCCUCAGCUGGAGCAGGAUGAGCACCAGCAUAAUCAUACAGUCACAGAAGGGUUUGGGUUGAAAGGAACCUUAAAGAUCAUCUCCUUCCAACGCCUCUGCCAUGGGCAGGGACACUUUCCACUAUCCUAUGUUGCUCCAAGCCCCAUCCAACCUGGCCUUGAACACUUCCAGAGAUAGGGCAGCCACAACUUCUCUGGGAUAAAUUGAACUUUUUGGAGCAAUUGGUUGUAUAUUCCCUGAGGUGUUCUACCUG